UCGUCCUAUCAACAUACAGUAUUGCGACGACAAGUUAGUACUACAAAGAACCUGACAGUUUGGAAUCCGCCUGCGUCUUCUCAUACCGUUGCUGAUUUGACAAACUGUUUUAACGAGUGUCACCAUUCCAUUCAGUGUUUCUCGGUGUUUUUCGAUGAAGAUAGUUCCAACUGUUCUAUGUUUAGCGGGACCAGUGAAGUGGACGCAUAUGGAGACUAUCGGCAAUAUUUCAUCGUUGUCAACAAACUCUUCUCUGUGGAUUUUAUCGCUCGUGCAAAUCUUCUGUGCUCUGGAAAUAAUUCAGGAUAUAUCUUUGAUGCUGCCGCCCCAAUUUGUUACAAAAUCAACACGAUACCAAGAACAAAGUCGGAAGCUAUCGAUUUUUGUCAGGAAUCUGGAGGUCACCUACUGAGAAUAAAAACAGACAAAAAGCAAAAGUUUGUAGAGGUUCUGCCAUUAGAGGAGACAGAUUCUAUCCAAAAAUACCGCAUUGAUGGUGAGAACAUUGACGAAGAAUGGAAAUUCUCUAACGGUGAACGCAUUACACGAUUUUAUUGGUACCCUGGGGAACCAAACGGACAUUAUAACUCUAUUGGGUUGAGAGUUGAACACGGAGGAAAAUGGGAUGAUGUAAAAAAUAAUAAUGAGCAUGGAUGUAUAUGUGAAAAAGAAAUAGAAUAAGGAAACACUAUUUUGGA